GAAUCCGGGUUCACUAUAAAGAGUGACGGCAGAGCUUCACCACUCACCGAAGAUGUCAAGAAAAUUAGACAACAUUUUGUUUGUGGAGGAAUGGUUAAAGAGAAGUUGUGGUAACAAAUUCACCUCAGAAACCUCUCGUCAACCCACUACAACCUCUGCGAAAUCCAUCAUUCAAGCAUGGUCCCAUCUCCGAAACACCCUUCAAUCAACCUCUUCUUCAUUCAAUCAACACCAUCUUCACCAACAUCUCAAUACCUUACUCAAUUCUCAAACCUCUCUCCAUGUCGCUGACCCACAAGCUAAACUUCUCCUUUCCAUUCUCACAUCUUCAAAUUUCUCUCUUUCCCAUCAAUCUUUUCCCCUUUGUUUUAGACUUCUUUACAUAUGGAUAAGAAAAUCCACAAAACCCACCAAACAAACUUUUGAUAUUGUUGAUUCAGUAGUUGAGUUUCUUUCUAACUUAUUUUUAUCAUCUACUUCUCAAUUUCAUUUUGGAAAUAAUCAUGUUUUAUUAUUCUCUGAAGCUAUUCUACUUUUGGGUGCUUUUUCUUUUGUCCAUUCUUUAUCUCAAAAUACUAAAAAUUUGUGCUUGGAUAUUCUGUCUAGAUUGCUGGUAGAUAAGUGUAGAAUUGUUUGUUUGUUUGAUGAACUUGUGCCUAACGUUCUUGCUGGAAUUGGGUAUGCUUUGUCAUCUUCUGUGAAUGUUCAUUUUGUUAGAAUCUUCGAUUGUUUGUUUAAAAUUUGGGGAAAAGAUGAUGAUGGGCCUCGAGGUAGUGCUGUUCAUGGACUCAUGGUUCUUUAUUUGUUCGAUUGGAUUGCGUCUAAUUUGAUCAAUUUCGGGUUUUUGGAUAAAGUGAGUGUUUUGGUGAGAGAAACUUUUGAGAGUUUUAAGGAAAACUAUGCUUCAUUUGCUGUUUUUAUGUCUGGAAUUGGAGUUUUAAGAGCUACAGAUAGAUAUGCUUCUUCUACUGGUAUGAAAGUAGAUGUUCUCACUAGGAUGAGGACUUCUGCGAUUAUUCGGGUGGAAGCUUUAGUCAGUGAUUUGGUUUCUAGGACAUUAAGAUUUAGAAACUCAGGCAAUGAUCUUCAAGAUAGACUUUUGCUUCAGUGUGUUACGUUAGGAAUGACUCGAACCAUUUCGUUUUCAAACCAUUCCUCUUUGUUUGUUUGCCUUGGUUUGUCAUUGUUAACCGAGAUGCUUCCGUUGCCUCGCCUUUAUGAGUCCGUGUUUGAAUUGUCACCCAGUUCUGGUGGACUGAAGGUGAAUGAGAUAAAAGAACAUCUAGAUAAUAUCCUCUUCAAGGAAGCAGGAGCUGUAACAGGUGUUUUCUGCAAUCAAUAUGUUUUAGCUGACGAAGAAAAUAAGAAUAUAGUGGAGAAUCUUAUAUGGGAAUACUGUCGCGAUAUUUACUUUGGACACAGGAAAGUGGCUACGCAUCUUAAAGGAAAAGAAGAUGUGUUGCUUACGGAUUUCGAAAAAAUCGCGGAAUCUGCUUUUCUCAUGGUUGUAGUAUUUGCACUAGCUGUAACAAAGCACAAAUUGAGUUCCAAAUUUGCUCAAGAAAUACAAACCGAAGUCUCAUUGAAGAUACUAGUAUCAUUAUCUUGUGUGGAAUAUUUUCGCCAUGUUCGCUUGCCAGAGUAUAUGGAAACCAUUCGCAAGGUAAUUGCAAGUGUUAACAAGAAUGAGAAUGCUUGUACCUUUUUUGUGAACUCCAUACCGUCUUAUGGCGACUUGACAAAUGGGCCAGACCAGAAAACCAAAUACUUUUGGUCCAAGGAUGAAGUGCAAACAGCCCGUGUUUUGUUUUACCUACGAGUCAUUCCAACUUUGAUUGAGUGUUUGCCCGGCCCUGUAUUUGGAGACAUGGUAGCUCCAACUAUGUUCUUAUAUAUGGAACAUCCAAAUGGAAAAGUAGCUCGAGCCUCUCAUUCUGUGUUCACUGCAUUUAUUUCUAUGGGGAAGGAAUCUGAAAAAAUUGAUGGAGUCUCAUUGAAGGAGAAGCUCGUUUUCCAUUACAUACAAGUAUCCUUAUCGGGAUAUCCUGACAUCACUCCUUUCGAGGGAAUGGCUUCUGGAGUUGUAGGAAUGGUCCAACAUCUUCCUGCUGGAAGCCCUGCCACUUUUUACUGCAUUCACAGUCUUGUUGAAAAAGCAAAUCAGCUCUGUUCUGAAGUCUUCACGCAUGAGGCUGAUGCAUGGAAGCAGUGGCAAGGAGAGCCAGAACCAAGCAAGAAAUUAAUGGACUUGCUCCUACGCCUAGUUUUCCUUGUUGAUAUACAAGUCUUGCCCAACUUGAUGCAACUAUUGGCACAGUUGAUUACGAAGUUACCACAAGAUGCACAAAACAUAGUUUUGAAUGAGUUGUAUUCACAAGUGGCUGAUUCUGAUGAUGUUGUCCGCAAGCCCAUGUUGGUUUCAUGGCUGCAGUCAUUAUCUUACCUUUGCACAAUGGCUUCAAAUCAAAGUACAGCCUCCAAAAAAAAUAAUAGUGAAGACCCAAUAAGCGCUGGAAGAAUUACUGCACAUCUCUAAGAUUCUGCUCCAUAUUUUUUUAAUUUCCGUUGUUGUCUGUAGCAGUUAAGAAACUUUUGUAUGUUUGUGAUGCAAAGGAAUCAGCAUUAGAUGUAUGCUCAGUUCAGGAUCAGACUAACCAAACUUAUGAAUGUGGUUGAAGGCGACGCAGAAACUGAAAUCUGAUUACUCCUGUAUGAUAUUUGCCAGGGUCCUUGUUGAACAAGCUUAAUGCCAUGACCAGCAAGGGCACCUUAUCUCAUCAUCCUUUUUAUCUAUUCAAAAGAAAAGAGCUUUUAUAAUAAUCAACACAGAUUUAGGAAUUGAUGUGGUAUAACCAUUGUUAUAUGCUUUUUUUUCGACAAAAUUGUAUAUAUGCUAAAUGAAGUUUCCAUUGUAUAACCAUUGAUUUGAAGUUUCCAAAUGAUUUUGGUAUGACUGUUCAGUUUCAUUAUAACAUAAA